AUGCCGCCCCAACCUUCCCGGGAGGCGCCGCAGCAGCAUCAUGGCCACCCCGCGCAGUCUGGCCGGCCGAGCCUCGACCGCGAUGGCUCGGGCUUGCAGCUUCCCAAUGGCGGCCCCGCUCGCAACUUCUCCGCUUCCUCGGUGUCAUUUGCGCCCCGCGGCAGCAGCUUGAACCCCAACGCCGGCCCUGGUAGCUUCAGCUCCGAGCUGCGGAGUCAGAUGAUGUCGACCCGCGCGGGGAGUCGCGUCGACGUUGCUGGGUCUGUAUAUCCGGGCAGCGUCAUGGACAAGGUCGACGAAGACGCGACCAAUUCGGCAGCCGAGCAGGCCCUGGCAUCCCUCAAGGAUCGUUUGAAUCGCGAGAUGAAGAUCAAGGAGGGUAGCGAAAACAUGCUCGAGGCGCUCAACAUUAAGAAGGCCAAGCAGACCAAGGAGCAACGCCUGAGAGUCGAGGCCGAGCUGAGCGCGAGCAAUUUGCGCAUCAAGGAGCUACGACAAAAGAUAUCCGAUGCACAGCGGUCCAAGGCUCUACCGCCGAUGCCCACCACGCCGACUAGGAACCGCACACAGGAGAGCGUCUUCCACCCCACUGGCACGCUGCGCUCACCGCCGAGCAUCUCGAGGUCCGUUGCCGGCUCCGACGUAGACGAGCUGCUGGAGAGCCCGAGUUUCCUCCUGGCCGAGCUCCUUCAAGCGCUUGAGGUGGAGGGUAUGACGCCGGAGUACUACGUCAGCCGCGCGAACCAGCUCGCGGAUCUAUUCAGGCGACACCCAGCCAUCAAGUAUGAUCUAGUCUGGUCCAUCUUUGGUUUGCGAAUGCAAAUGAUGCUCCUGAGUGAGAGUCGGGAGGUUGUCGCGGCUGGCUACCGAGCCACGAGAUACGCCAUUUCAGACGUAGCAUCACUCAAGAAAAUUCGCAGCUUAAACACCGACUUCUUGGUGAUACGAUCGUUGAAUAAUUAUCGCAAAGCCGAUGUUGAACGAGAGCAGGCCCUCAAGUUCGUGCGAGCCUUCCUGGACGUUAAAGACGGUGUCAAGGAAAUCUCACGGGCUGUUGUUCGGACGAUCGUGGCUGUUGCCGAGCAAGGAGAGGAGCGCCGCCCCGGCAUUCAACCGGCAGAUCAGAACAUCGACAGGCUACGGCCCAUUUGCAUCGAGACUCUUGCGGAGAUAAUGGUGCGGGACCCGCGUCUUCUGGUGGCAUCUGGCGGCCUCGGGCCAUUGUCUGAGGCGCUGGCCGAGGGGACAUACAAGGCGCCCGAAAGCCUAAUGUCCGCCUUUCUAUUCCUGCUCGACACACCUCAACGACGAAAAUACAUCCUGCCUGGCUACGGUUUGGAUGUCGUCUUCACUGCCUUCACAGACCAGCUGGCCGGUGCCGAGAGUAUACUGAAGCAAAGCUCGAGAGCCAUAUCCGUUGCGAUGAGGUCAUGGUCUGGUCUGAUGGUCCUCUCCAUGUAUGACUUUCGACCGAUUCGCUCGCUCAUCGCCAGCAUCUUAUUCCCCAACGCGGCCAUUCGGGAGACAGUGCUGGACUUGCUGUUCUCCUUGCUACGAAUCAAGCCGCCUGCCUGGGCGACAUCGUUCCUGGCCGGGCGCAGGCUCACGACUUACGGCCGAGUUGCCAACAUGAAGUCAUCCAACACGAGAGACAGAAGCGCUACAUUAUAUCUGGAAGAGGACAACAGCGAACAAAACUUUGUGGACCAUUACACGGCCCUUCUUCUGGCCAUCUUUAUCAAAGUCGGCCUCUUGCAGAGCUUGUUGCACAUUGCCCAGUCAGAGGAGGACCCCAUGCUGAAGCGCAAGACAACCUUGUUGAUCGGGGAAGUGCUGAAGUUGGCCAGCAGGUUGCUUCCACCUUCAUGGAGUUCCGAGCUUCAGCUCCUCCCAGAGCUAUUCUCGGCUGCGACACAGUUCACAAAUGAGGACCACUUUAUAGCCUCGGGCAUUGUCUAUCAGAUCAGCAGCGUUAGCAGGACGCUGUACAGAAGCGCGCCCUCCGAAACCAUGGCAGGCGCUCUCCCUUCCAGCGACAGCAUGCAGAGCAUGGGGCUGCUCGACGAACACCCAAAGACCAAUACGUCUAUUGUAUUUGACGACGCCACAUUUCGACAGCUCCUGAUUGAUACGGGAGUCCUCAAUAGCUCCAACUAUAUGAAGUGGAAUUGGGAGGUCAUCAUGAAGGUGAUCGAUGGGCCCCUGCAGGUGGGGAAGCGGCUGGAGGAGGCCAUCAAGGCGUCAAAAUUCAUGAAGCGCAUCAUGAGCUUCUACCGGCCCUUCAAGUACAAAUUUGCCGAGAUCAAGAACACCAGAAACACGCAAAAGUACGUCAAGGCGGGUUGCGCGCUGAUGCAUUCGUUGCUUCAGUCCCCAGAGGGCAUCAAGUUUCUGGCCGACAGCAAGUUGUUGAGGCAAGUUGCUGAGUGCCUGGCGCAAUGCGAUCCGACGAGCGGGCUGACGGCACAGUUCCCAAUGUUUGCCAAAGACCGACUGACAGACACGCUCUGCUGUGGCUACUUUCCCAUGCUGGGCGUUCUCAGUACCGACCCCAAGGGGCUUCUUCUGUUGGAGCGUUGGAGAAUGUUCAACAUGAUGUACCACAUUGUCGAUCUGAAGCAGCGUCCGGAUCUGAUCAAGCUGUUGUUGACCAACUUCGACUACAGCCUUCAGGGCCACCCUCGCGUUCUACUGUCCAAGGCCCUGACGGGCGGCACCAAGGAUAUCCGGAUCCAUGCCACCAACACCCUCCGCAAAUGCACGAUGAGACCGACACCGUCUCUGAAGACUCAGGACAGCGCGAGCGACUCCAAAUGGGCGAUCCAGCUCCUCGUUACGCAGCUGUAUGAUCCAGAGAUCGAAGUUUGCUCAACAGCAAUCAAGAUUCUCGAGAAUGCGUGUAACAGGAAGACUUUCCUGGAGUACAUUGUUGAGUGUCGACCGGCUCUCGAUCAUCUAGGAGAGAUUGGCGCCCCGUUGCUCCUGCGCUUCCUGUCGACGUCGAUUGGAUAUCAUUACCUGGACGGUUUGGACUACAUCAGCAACGAGAUGGAUGACUGGUUCCUCGGUCGCAACGACUCGUAUGUUGGCGUCAUUGAGGCGAGCUUGGCCAGGGCGUUCCUGUCUGACCCGGACGACAACACGCACCGGAUGAGCAUCUUUGACGAGACAGUGGCGGAGACCGACUUUCACGACACGCACGUGCCCCCACACUUUUACAGAGAGCUUACCCGUACGCGAGAGGGUUGCAAGUUACUCAGCGACAAGGGUCACUUUGAAGAGUUUGUCGCGACAAUCCGUGAUCACGGCAUGCAGACGGUGGAGGGCGAGUUACUCACAAAAGUAAAGGGCUGCCUCUGGGCAGUAGGCAAUGUUGGUUCCAUGGAGCUGGGCGCGCCGUUCCUCGAAGCAAGCGACGUUGUGGAGCGCAUCAUCGAAAUUGCGGUAUCGCACGGGGUCAUGAGCAUGCGAGGCACGGCCUUCUUCGUGCUCGGGCUCAUCUCACGUUCCACGCAUGGUCUCGAGAUCCUGUCGGAGAACGGAUGGGACGCCAACACGACGUCAAUGGGUGCUUCUCUUGGCCUUUGCAUCCCGAACGACCUCUCCAAGCUGUUCACCCUGAAGCCGUGGCAACACGUCAAUGUGGCGUCGAUGAAGCUUCUCGAUUCGCAGCGCACCAUCCAGGAACAGCCCCCUGCGCGACAGGCGCGCCCACCCUUGGAGCCGUCCGAGAUGCCCCCACUUCUCAGCGACGCAGACGUCAAUGAACGCAUCAUGGGCCUCAUCGUCGAUCUGGGCAAUAUGGUGCUCUACAAGAAGGCGCUCACGGAACUGCAAAAGUUGAAGUCGAGGAAGCCGAAUGCGUUUCGAAGCACCGAAUUCUUCAAGAAGGUGAUGGGACUGAUGGAGUGGAAUCAUUACCGACUAGGGGUGCGACGACUGGUGAUUGACUUGUUCGAAAAGAACGUCAUGAGGCAGAUCGUGUUUGGCGAAGAAGAGAGCGACAGCGGCGGAGAGGCAGAGCCAGCUGGGGAUGAGAGCGCCGAGGGAAGCUCGGGGGACGAUCGCACCGAGAGACAGAGGAGCGUGAGCGAGCCGGCAGAGUUGCCGUCGGAUCUCAUGCCCGCGCCGCUGCAGGUGCGACGCGAGCACACUCGAUGGGGAUGA